UGCUUUGUGAACAAAUGGCAACACAGACUUUAACACAGAUGGUGAGGACAAGUCCCACACUGGACUCUGUAAAGGAGGAAUCCUUUGAAAAUGAACUUUCUUUUGAAUCCCGAGUUCUGAGGAAAGUUAAGAAGAGCCCUUACUGCCAUUCAGUUGUAUCAGAUGUGAAUAAUUUGGAUGAUCUGUCUCUAGAACAGAGAGAAUCAGAUUUAAGAAAGAUGAACAACUCUUUUGACACUCCUUUGGAUACUGAUAUGGACUUUGACCUCAUCCCUGAUACAGAUAUCCCCAUUAAAAAGAAAUCAAGAAGCAUUUUUGGUUGGAUGAGACGGAAAACAAGGAAGAAGCCAACUAAAAAGGCUAGAGUUCAUACUUUUCCCUGUUCUGGGAUGAAGGAGAUUAUUCUCAGGUCAAAGAAGCAUGGCAUCAUGAGCAAUUCUGAUAAGAAGGAUUUCUUCACAAGAAUUGCAAAAACUGGUUAUCUAGCUGAUGAUCUCAGACAAGAUAUGUGGAUGCUCGCUUCUGGAGCUGUUAGGAUGAAAAGAAACAAUCCUGAUUAUUACUCUGUUGAGAGUAACUCGAAGUGACCUUACAUCAAAAGAUUUGGACACCUCUCAGACAGCUGCCACUUUUGUAAAUUAAGUGAUAGGAGAAAGUCUUCGUGAAGCUCUUCACAAAUGCCUUUAUUGGAGUCAUACCCUGAAAUGCCCGAAUCAAACAAUGAUCAGAUUACGUUAGACUUGAAUCGAACAACCGUUGACCAAGAAUUUAGUACCAUUCCAGAAGAUAGCACUUAUUACAAAAUGGAGAGACUUUUGCAGUCGUACUGCAAACGUAAUCCUUAUGUAGGAUAUUGACAAGGGAUGAACUCUAUAGUAUGAAAUAUUUUCAAAUAUAUCAAAGAUGAGGAGGAUGCCUUCUGGCUCUUUACAACAUUAUUAGAAUGUGUCCUUCCUCUGGACUACUAUUCACUACUGAUCCAAGUCGUAAUAGACCAGAAAGUUUUUAUGGAUCUUGCUAAAUCCAAAUAUCAAAAACUAAUGCAGAAGAGGGAAAUCAGUGAAGAAUCAUUUAUGAUGAAAUCUUUCCAAUGGUUUAUCUGUCUUUUCACAAUUAACUGCAACUCAGAGAUAAUUCCCCUGAUUUGGGACUUUCUAAUGCUUGAAGGCCAGAUCUCUCUCUUUAAAACAGCUUUAGUGCUAGUCUACAGUGAGCUGGAGGAUAUUCAUCUAGAUGAAGAAGUUUUCCUCAAGCUGUAUCUUAAGCAGAAAGAUGUGACAGAUGAAAAAAUCUCUAAGUUAAGGAAGCUUCACAGAAAGGAUGUGAUUAAAGAACAUAGAGGAAUUCAGAAAUAUGAGCUAGACCUUGCGAAGAAUAAGAUAAACGAGUCAGUUUAUCAAAAGAAGGUCUGAAUACUGAAUAAGUUUGAAAACUUAAAUCUAGUUAUGAAGAAGUGAUGAGACCGAGGCCAGAGCUCUGUUAGAGAUAAUCUUACAAUUCCAGAAGGCUUAAAAUGAAAUCCUGAGAAUCCAGUCUGUCUUUAUGACUUUACUACUAGAGCUACUGUGAUUCAUCAUUUGGUAUACAAGGUAGACGAACCUGUGAAUAUUAUACACGAUUAUUUCGGUGAGGAUGAUUCUGAACAUUUUGAUAUACCUUUUCCCAACAAAAAGAGGGAUAAUAGAAGAGAAAGUUCGGACAAGGGUCUUCUUAUUGGCAGAAAGAUGCAUCUAUGAAGAGAGCCAGGGUUUGAAAAGUCUUUUCAAAUGCUUUUUAACAAAGAUGUGACUAAGAUGUUUGAAUCCUUGACUUUAUUCUAUCAAUAUAUCAAUGAAAAGUCAGGGAUUAUGCUUUCAAAUCAAUUUAUAAAAGAAACAAAGGAUUCUUGCACAGACAUCGAAUGCCAGAGCUUCUGUUCUGAGUUCUCAGAUUCAGUUAGGAAAUGAGAUGAUGCUCUAGAAGAUCCUUGCGAGUUUGCAUUUGAUUCACUUCUGAACCAAGGUGAUCAAUCAGAGCAUAUUCUCGAACAAUGACAGCUGGAUAGUGGAGAGAUGGCAAGUGAACGAAAAAGCUUGAGUAAAUGAAUGCAAUUUAGGUAAGUUUAUUCUUUCUUAACAUCUAGUACUCUCAAAAUGGCUGAAAAAAUUGGCGAGAUUAGGUCACUCCAGAUGGCUAAUAAAAUUCUCUCUGGGGAUGUGAACAUUCUUGACUCUUACCGCUUUGAAGAUUCAUAAUUCAUCUUUAUCAAUUGUAAUC